AUGUCAAAUGUCAAAGAUUUGUAAAAAUAUAAAUGAUAAACAAAUUUCAACUUAAUAAACAACAAAUAUAUUUAGUGAAACUAAUUUACCAUUAAAACUAAAUAGUAAUUUAAGUGUAAAUGUUAAUUAAAAGGCUUUUUGGAAGCGCUUUAUUGUUGCGGGUCGCUACUAUUGGCUAUAGAGGUACAAUGGCUUGUGAAGGAAAUCAAUGUCAUUAUAAUACAACAAAGAAAACUAGCUAUUUAUCUCAAGCUGAAGCAGCAGCUCUUGAUCAGGAAUUAUUCAAUGACUAUAAAUUUAGUGUAGAUCAGCUCAUGGAGUUAGCUGGUUUAAGUGUAGCAACAGCAGUCUCUCGCGUAUUCCCAUCAUCUACACAUAAAUCAGCUUUAAUUAUAUGUGGACCUGGAAACAAUGGUGGUGAUGGACUGGUGGCAGCGCGACACAUGACACACUUUGGUUAUAAUGUAGGAGUAUAUUAUCCAAAACGUACACCAAAACCCCUGUAUGAAAAUCUUCUAUUACAAUGUGAAAAGUUUGGAGUAAAUAUCCUGAAUGAUUUACCACCAAUGGAAGAAAUUAAGCAAGAAUACCAAGUCCUGGUUGAUGCUUUAUUUGGUUUUAGUUUUAAACCACCAGUACGUGAAGGCUUGAAACCUGCACUAGAUGCAUUGGUUAAUGCUGGAUUACCUGUGUGUAGUGUGGAUAUUCCCAGUGGUUGGGAUGUAGAGAAUGGACCAACCUUAGAAAAUUCUCUCACACCAGCAUUGCUCAUAUCUCUUUCAGCUCCUAAACUAUGUGCGAAGCCAGAAAUACUAAAAGAAACCAAACACUAUUUAGGCGGAAGAUUUUUACCUCCUGGCAUCAUAGAAAAAUACAAACUCAAAUUACCACCUUAUCCUGAUCAAAGUCAAGUUGUUGAGUUGUAGUCAUUUAUAUAUUUUUUCUGUUAAAAAGUUUUUGUUAAUAAAACAUUA